AUGGUGUCGACAUCGAAACAUGCGUCCUCGUCGAGCUUCGACGAAGCAGAAGCUUUUCCUACCAUGGAAGCCACCUCACUAGAGCGUCCACAGUCGAGUAAGCGACGAGCCAGCUUCGGACAGGGUGAAGCGCGCAAGCCCGUCUCACGCAGCAAGAAGGCCGUCGCUGCUGUGACAGGCGCCGUUACAACGUCGUUCCUUAUGACACCUUUUGACGUGAUCAAGACGCGACUCCAGACGCAGAGCAGCGCAGAACCGCUCUUCUUCCCGUCGCAGCAUCUGGCGUCUGCCGCCACUACCCCGGCUGUUUCGACCUCAGGAUUGGACAAGGGUAAGGGCGUAGUUCGAGGCCGCUCAUCAGCGCUCGCAUCAGGAGGACUACAGGCACAUCCAGCAACGUGCUGUCAACAAACUUUCUUCACUUCGAAUCGACAGCCAGAGUCCAUUCUGUGCCGCUAUGAUCCAAGGCAGAUUACUUCAUCUACUAGCACUUCAGCAUCAUCAGCAUCAUCAGCAUCAUCAUCCGCCUUUUUCACACCUGCAUCCUCCUCAAAAAGCUCGUCGACCCGACCCGCACCCCGAACAACAGCAUCACGCUUCAGUCGACACACGGCUUCAUUUGCAGCAUCUUCCAAUCCUCGUUCCAGCGUCCGCAUACUCCCGUCUCCACCACCCGCACCUAUCGGCUACCUCCACCCGACACCCUCUGCUAUCACUGCCAACGGCUCGUCCUCAUGCGCCUGUGCCUUCCCCAACGAAACCGUUGCUGCGCGAGAACUCAAGGCCGCAGCAGCCAAACACGGUCGUCUGACCGGUUUGUGGGAUGGUGUCGUCAAAGUCGGCAAAGCCGAAGGCAUUCGUGGAUUAUGGCGCGGCUUAGCACCUACCCUCAUGAUGACAGUUCCGGGGCAAGUGACCUACAUGUCGUGCUACGACUUUUUGCGCUCUCAUCUACUCGCUUCGGAGGACAGCAGUCAGAUUCAAGCUGAUUUCCAGGAAAUCUCGACCACCAACGGUCGUGAGCUCGGGCUUGCAGGUAAAUCGCCUUCGCUGUCCGCGGUCACAGCUCAAUCUCUCUAUGCGUCUCUAUUUUCAGGCGCACUAGCAAGAGGCAUCUCGGCAACGCUCGUGACACCACUCGAACUCAUCCGCACGCGGUUGCAGGCGAGCUCACGAUCUCAAGCUACACUCUCGUCUAUCUUGCGUGGCUUGUGGAUCGAAAUGCGAACCACAUCCCUACGCUCCGGCGGUGGACCAUUGAUCCUCUGGCGUGGACUGACACCGACACUGUGGCGAGACGUGCCCUUCAGCGCUAUCUAUUUUGCUGGGUACGAAGCAACCAAACGGUCUCUAACUGGUGGUGGCUUGGGAGAGGGUAACGCCUCUGGGUCGGGAGAAGAAUUCGGCGUCGCUUUCGUCUCUGGUGCUCUGUCUGGAUCGUUUGCAGCAGUUCUCACGCAUCCAUUCGACGUAGUCAAGACUCGAUUACAAACUCAAGGCUCGCCACGCGAGGCAGAAGGAAGGCUCUCGGGUACGCUCAGAGGUGCUACAGAUGGCCAUGGCGCAAACGUGUGGAAGGCGAUGCGACACAUUUUGAACGAGGAAGGAAGCAAAGGGUUGUGGAGGGGCUUGAGUCCCAGAACGGCCAAGGUAGCGCCUGCAUGUGGAGUCAUGAUUGCCAGCUUUGAGGUUGUCGGCAGGGCGCUAGCUGAUUUGGAGAUCUAA